AUGUCUCUCUUAACAUGCUUCCUUUUCCUUCUCAGCGUAACCCCUUAUGCAGCUUCCCUUAAUUUCGAUUUCCCAAAUAUUACUCCAAAAGAAAACCAGAAGAUAAAAACAUCAGGGGGUGGAGCUUAUAUCUCUGACCAAGGAAUCCAGGUGACCCCUGAAAACAAUCGUCAUUUAGAGAACAGGACAGCAGGCUGGGCAACAUACAUCACACCGCUUCAUCUGUGGGAUAAGAAGUCUAAAGAGCUAGCCAGCUUCUCUACACAUUUUUCAUUUGUUAUUGAUUCAAACAAUAAUACUAAUUACGGUGAUGGCCUCACAUUCUUUCUUGCUCAGAAUAAAUCCAUGAUUGAAUCAGAUUUGGAAAAUUAUUACGGUGGAGGAGACAUUGGGCUUCCGUUCAAUCGCACAACCAACCUCUCAACUGUUCCGUUUGUCGCGGUAGAGUUUGAUACAUAUUAUAACCCUAUUUGGGAUCCAACCCCACAAGAUCAUGUAGGCAUAAACAUCAAUAAUCUUUCUUCUGUUAGCUAUGGAUAUUGGUGGAGCAACAUAACCUAUGGGAAAGAGUGUCGAGCUUGGAUUAACUAUGAUUCUGUUUCCAAAAAUCUUAGCGUUUCCUACACCAAUAGCGGAGAUGAUAUAGAUGAACUUUAUUACACCAUUGAUCUAAGAGAGGUGUUGCCAGAAUCGGUGGUUUUUGGGUUUUCAGCAGCAACAGGUGCCUCGUUCCAGAAAAACAAUAACAACACGCUACCACCAUCCACAAGUCCGGAUUCAUCGAAGGAGAAGAAGAGGACAGGGUAUAUAGUGGAACUGAUUGCUGGAGCCUCUGUUGUACUUGCUAUUUUGGUUAUUGUUACAGUUUUUUGUUGGAAAAUGAGGAAAAACAUGGGAGAUGAAGUUGACGAAUUUGGAUCUGGUCUGGAGAUGAACAAUGAAUUCACAAUGGGCGUCGGACCUCGAAGAUUCUCUUACCGUGAAUUAGCUCGGUCAACUGGUGGGUUUUCAGAGAAAGAAAAGCUAGGCGAGGGAGGUUUUGGAGAGGUUUACAAAGGGUUUCUGGAUGAUUUGAAAAUAUAUGUUGCAGUCAAAAGGGUGUCCAAGAAUUCCAAACAAGGGAUCAAGGAGUACGCAGCAGAAGUAAAGAUCAUUAGCCGAUUGAGGCACAAAAAUCUCGUCCAAUUGACUGGUUGGUGCCACGAGAAAGGAGAACUUUUGCUUGCUUAUGAGUUUAUGGAAAAUGGAAGCUUAGAUUUACAUCUCUUUAAUGGAAACAGCUUGUUAGCAUGGGAAACAAGGUACAAGAUUACCUGUGGUCUGGCCUCUGCUUUGCUAUAUCUACACGAAGAUUGGGAGCAAUGUGUUUUGCAUAGAGAUAUCAAAUCGAGUAAUGUGAUGUUGGACUCAAAUUUCAAUGCUAAGCUUGGCGACUUCGGGUUAGCUAAGUUGGUCGACCACGAGAAAGGCUCACAGACAACACUGUUGGCCGGAACCUUGGGUUACAUGGCUCCAGAAUGUGUAGUAACCGGGAAAGCAACCAAAGAAUCAGAUGUAUUCAGCUUUGGAGUUGUUGCACUGGAAAUAGCUUGUGGACGAAAACCCAUCGAGUACUUGGCUCCUGAAAAACAAGUAAGAUUAAUCCAAUGGGUUUGGGAGCUCUAUGGGAAUGGGACACUUUUAGAAGGGGUAGAUCCACGGCUAGGGUCAGAUUAUGUGGGAGAAGAGAUUACACGUGUGAUGAUCCUUGGGCUAUGGUGCGUGCACCCUAACCCAGAUAUUCGCCCUUCAAUGAGACAGGUUAUUCACAUUCUGAACUCCGAAGCUUCUCUGCCUAUACUCCCCUCAAAGAUGCCGGUGGCUUCUUAUUUGUCGUCUCCCAUGUCUUCAUCAUAUGGCGUGGCUUUUGUCAUCCAAGACCAAUCAUCAAGUGGUGCAUCUAAAUCGGAUUCCUCAGAGAAAACAACAUCAUCGACAGGCUCUUCUUAUUCUCCAUAUGUAUCACUGUUGCAUUCAGAGCAAUGA